GAUGAUGCAGGAAAUAGAUUUCGUUUUCAUUAAAACUUGGUUGGAAGAGCCUCCACUGAAUGGUUCUUCGUUGAAGGGGCGAGAAAGACUUUUCUGAGACACAAGACGGAGUAGACACAGGGUCUCUGUGUUACAGACUCUAAAUGGCUGGACGGAGGUCCGGGGCAGAUUUCAACUACUCUGGACCCUGCAGUUACCUGGAUGAAGUUCCCUUCAAGAUUAGUGACAAGUUCAGGAGUCCUGCCAAAGUGGGGCUCCCGGUCGGAUUCUGUCUCCCAGACUGCACCUCUUUACUGGCUGAGACUGAGUAUGACUUCUCGCUGGAGCAGCGGACGGUGCGAUGGGGGGUGGAGCUGGAGGAGGCACGGGCGGCUCAGGAGAGGGCCCGGCUGCAGGCCGAGUCUGCCAGCGCCGAGCAGGAGAGCAGGAGGCAGCCGGCGUCGUCACGGGACCAGGAGGCGGGGCCCGGCGGUGCCACGAUGCCAGCGCUUAACCCCGUGCUGGCCGCACUGAGGCACAAUGCCAUCCUCACCCCCCUCCCCGCCCCCAGCCUGGGGCCUGCGCGCCUCCCCAGCCCGGCCCCGGCCCCGCAGAGCCUCAACCUGGCCGACUUUGAGCGCGAGGAGGACCCCUUCGACAAGCUGGAGCUCAAGACGCUGGACGACAAGGAGGAGCUGCGGAGCAUCCUGCAGGGGCAGGCGGCGAGCCCGCACGAGCUGGCAAAAACAGCCGUCUUCCACAAGCCCAACGGCCUGGUGGGCCUGCCGGACCUGGAGAAGGCCAACAGGGGGAGCCCCUGCAACAUCCGCUCUCUCUCCUUCCCCAAGCUUUCUGAUUCCGCGGAGCCCAGCGUCCACACCCCUGCCCCGCUGCGUAGCCUCCACAAUGGAACCCCACCUCUCACGCUGCGGGGCGUCCCACAAAACAACUAUCACGGCCACGCCCUCAAGGAGAGCCCGAAACAGCCCCCGCCCAUCCCAACCACAGCCCCCGGCCCGCCGCCUCCAGCGCAUGUGGUGGUGCCCUCUGAUGACAAGCCUGGUCAGAGCAGGGCUCUGCUCAGUCUGUCGCCCAGCGAGCGGCAGUGUGUGGAGACCGUUGUGUCGAUGGGCUACCCCUACGAGGGCGUGCUGAAGGCCAUGCAGAGACAGGGCCAGAAUGUGGAGCAGGUGCUGGACUACCUGUUUGUGCACAGCCGGCUCUGUGAGCGAGGGUUCGACGCCAGCGCUGUGGAGGAGGGCCUGGAGAUGUACCAGUGUUCUGAAGAGAAGGCCCUUCAUUUCCUGCAGCUCGUGUCCCGUUUCAGGGAGAUGGGUUUUGAGAAGGACGCCAUCAAGGAGGUGCUGCUGGCCCACAACAAUGACCAGGACAAGGCCCUGGAGGCGCUCAUGACCCGGGCAGCCACCAGCUGAGGCCGGCUACCGCCCCCCUCCUGACUGUCCUCCCACCUCUUUCUCUCCUGCAGAGAAGUGGACAUCAAACCCUCAGCUUACAACACACUCCCAGUGGAGGGAGGGAGAGUGAGGCGGAGAGAGAUUCUGAUAAGAUCUGGGCUAAGGAAAUGUCAAGGAAAAAGAAGGAUCGUUCUAGAGGGGCUGCGGACAACAGUUUCCCUGAAAUGGAGGAGCAAAAGAAGACAAAGAACGAGGGGUGUGUGUGGAUAGGCAAAAGGCCGAGCCACACAUAUCGAGGUUUUUCUGGAUAUGAAUCGCCAGGACGAAAAAAAAAAAAACAUCAACAAAAAGACUAGAAAAGUAGCCUACCGGCAAGGUACAUGCUGUUCAGCACUUUGAGGGCCUCUUCCCAAGCUGCGUUGGGUGCUCUGCACUGUCCUGUGGCAGGGAGGCCCGCACAGAGGAAACUGACUCUCCCAGCUACGAUGCUGCCGUCAUCCGCUGCCGGGCCGCCACCUCACCAGAAUCCGCGAGGGUGGCUGUGACAUCGCGCGGCUCGAGGAGCGAAGCGAAAGCAAAAACCCGGAA